GUGUAAGACGUUGUUUCCUUUCCCUACUCUAUUGGAUCAAUGAUAAUCCAAGUUGGACUAUUUCUCUCUUUAUAUGGCUUUCAUCUCCCUCCACAAAACAAACUGAAUCCUCUCAUCUCAUUUCCCACUUCUUGCUUUCAUUUCUUUUAACCAACCUCAACAUAAAGUCUAUUAUUGCAUAACCAAAGGGGCAUAACCAAAGGAGCUAAAGCCACAACAAUUGAAUGUAAUCCAAAUAAACCAAAAAAAAAAAUGCCAACAACAAGAGCUCGUUUGGGCAGAAGACCAUCCUCUUCUUCGUACUCAUCAACUAUUACUACUAUCAUCUUUGUUUCAUUAUGUGUGUUGGGAGUAUGGCUUCUCACCUCCACCUCUGUUGUUCCUCCCAAAUCCACCACUCGAACGUCGACCGAUUCUACCUCUUCUGCAUCUUCUUCUUUUGCUUCCACCAUUAUGAAUGCCCACAAGACCAUUUCUAAUAGUGCUAAAACACCUCCUGUUUUCAAAGACACACAAGGAGACCUUCCUGAUGAUGCCCUUAAAACUGGUGAUGCUAACCGGCCUCAGGAUACUAACGAAAUUGACAAGCUCCAAACAGAUGUCUCAACAGAUAUUACAAAGGAUUCUGGAGGUGGAGAUAGUUUCAAUGGGAAUAGUGAAAAUGGAAAACCGGAGGAUGAGAAGAAAAAUGGAAAUCUAGCUGUGGCAGAGAACUCUCAGGGAUUGCGUGGAACCGAAUCAAUUGAAGAGCAAGAGAAGCAGAAACAAUUGGAGACACAAACUUCCGAGGAAAGUUCCAUCACUCACAGGCAAGAAGCUGAGCAAAUAACUGCAGGAGUCGGAAAGGCAACAACCGGAAAAGAAAAGGCUGAAGAGGAUGUCUCUUUGGAUUCAGGAAAUGAUGCCCAUGGAGUUUCAACAGAUAACGCCAAGAACAUAUUGUCAGAUCACGAGCAACAAAAACGACUUGAGCAGCAUCAACAACAGGAAGAUGACCAAAUGCAACAGCAACAGAAACAAUUAGAAGAACAUACUCAAGGGGUAACGAGUAAAGAUCAAAUCAAACAUGACGAAGCACCUAAUAUAUUAAAAGAAGAUGUUAAGGUUCAAAAUGAUCAUAAGGCUCCCGUAAACUUAACUAAUAACCUACCUGUUCCGAAGAAUGAAAAUCACAAGACAGAAAUCAUUGUACCAAAAGAGUCUAAAGAAUCAAAGAAGGCCUGGUCGACACAAGCCGAUCAGUCAGUGAACCAGAAAGAAAGACGAACAGUCGGAACAAAUAAUCAAGACAGCAGCGUUCCGGAACAGAAUUGGCAGCUGUGCAAGGCGGAAGCUGGUGCAGACUACAUACCAUGUUUAGACAAUGAAGAAGCAAUAAAGAAGCUAAAAACCACAAAGCAUUAUGAACAUCGUGAAAGACAUUGUCCUCAGGAACCUCCUACCUGUCUAGUCUCCUUGCCUCAGGGAUACAAGAGGCCAAUUGAGUGGCCCAAAAGCAGAGAUAAGAUAUGGUACCAUAAUGUGCCUCAUACAUUGUUAGCAGAGGUGAAGGGCCACCAAAACUGGGUGAAGGUUUCUGGUGAAUUCCUAACUUUCCCAGGUGGAGGUACUCAGUUUAUCCAUGGAGCAUUGCAUUACCUUGAUUUUGUACAAGAGGCAGUUCCGGAUAUAGCAUGGGGAAAGCGCACUAGAGUAGUGUUAGAUGUUGGCUGUGGAGUAGCUAGUUUUGGUGGUUAUCUUUUCGAGAGAGACGUUCUUGCAAUGUCUUUCGCACCUAAAGAUGAACAUGAGGCACAAGUUCAAUUCGCACUGGAAAGGGGAAUACCUGCAAUAUCUGCCGUGAUGGGUACUCAGAGGUUGCCAUUUCCAAGUGGAGUUUUUGACCUUGUGCAUUGUGCACGCUGCAGAGUCCCUUGGCAUGAGGAAGGUGGUGCUCUUCUCCUGGAAUUGAAUCGUGUCCUUCGCCCCGGAGGUUACUUUGCCUGGUCUGCAACUCCUGUCUACCAAACUCUUGAAGAAGAUGUCGAGAUAUGGAAGGGUAAAAUCCUAAUCAUCUCUUUCCCUUAAUGCUAUUAGAGAGUUAAAUUGACGUUUAUUUUUUCUUUCCCCUUCUUCGGCUCUCUAUUACCAGAAAUGUCUAGCUUGACGGUGGCCAUGUGCUGGGAGCUUGUAACCAUAAAGAAGGACAAACUAAACUCUGUUGGUGUUGCCAUCUACCACAAACCAGACACAAAUGAAUGCUACGAUCAAAGAAAACAAAACAAACCUCCAAUGUGUAAACCAGAAGAUGAUCCUAAUGCUGCCUGGUAUGUCCCCUUCCAUUCAUGUAUGCAUAAGGUGCCAAGUAAAGAAAAGGAAAGAGGAUAUAGGUGGCCUGUAGAGUGGCCGGAGCGACUGAAGACGCCUCCUUACUGGCUAAACAAAUCACAAGUUGGAAUUUAUGGAAAACCAGCGCCAGAUGACUUUGCAGCAGAUUUAGAACAUUGGAAACGUUUGGUAAGCAAGGUGUAUAUGAACGGAUUGGGAAUUAGCUGGUCAAAUGUGAGAAACGCCAUGGACAUGAGAGCAGUGUAUGGAGGGUUUGCUGCGGCACUUAGAGAUCUGAAAAUGUGGGUGUUGAAUGUGGUGAAUGUCAAUGCUCCAGAUACACUUCCAAUAAUAUAUGAGCGUGGUCUUUUUGGAAUUUAUCAUGAUUGGUGUGAAUCAUUUAGUACAUACCCAAGGACAUACGAUCUUCUACAUGCUGAUCAUCUUUUCUCCCAGUUGAAGAAGAGGUGCAAAAUUGUUGCUGUAAUGGCAGAGGUUGACAGAAUAGUUAGACCAGGAGGUAAAUUGAUUGUCCGUGACGACUCUGCCACAACCAAGGAAGUAGAAAACUUACUCAAGUCUCUGCAUUGGGAAAUCCGGAAGACCAUCUCCCAGAACCAAGUUGGAAUACUAAGUGCAGAGAAGACAUUUUGGCGGCCAAACGCUUCUGCUGCACCCACCUGACUAGAGUCAGGAGAGUAUCAAAUCAUUUAAAUCUGUGGUUCGCAGUUCGUACUCUGUAGCAAUCACAACAAGCAAUUCCUGUUUUGUAGCCUAAAGGUCUUCAUAUACUGCUGCGAGCAGGCAAACAGCUGCUGCCGUAGCUUUUGUUAUUUAUUUUUCAUUUCUAUUUUUUUUAGUUGUUUAUUUAUAGUUUGAUAGAUAAAGAAGGCAAAGUGCUGCAGGGCAAAUGCCGUAGCUGCUGUUAUUGAUUAAUUACAAGGUUAAUGUUUACACUUAGCAUACAAAUACAUAAUUACAGUGACAAAGAACUGAAGUUCCCUAUCUUUGAAUCUCUUCUUCAAACAUGAAUCCUAACCCUUAUCAUUUUUCU